AUGUCAAACCACCCUCCAAGUGCUGGGUUUUGCUUAUUAGAAAUUAUCCGGCAUCCCAACUCAACGUCAUCCUCUCUUUUUCUCCCCUUGAUCUCUUACCCAAUAUCCCUUAUUGUCCCAACAAUCAAUUCCCCCUCUUACUAUUUCGACUUGCCUCUUUUUUCUCAUAUCUACCAUUUUCUUGAAGAAGAGUCUUUUCCUGGAAAAAAAUACGUGUUUGCAAGUAUUAGGGUUCUUGAACAAUUCUUUUGGGUGGAUAUGAUGUACAAUUGAUUUUAGGGGAUCUGAGAGUGUAUAUUUAAUCGUUUUGAUGGAGGGGUAAUUGUUGUUAGAGAAUUCAAGAAUGGAUUCUGUUAUUGGUGGCAAGUUUAAACUGGGCCGAAAGAUCGGUAGUGGAUCUUUUGGGGAACUUUAUUUAGGGGUGAAUAUACAAAAUGGAGAAGAAGUUGCUGUCAAGCUGGAAUCAGUUAAAACGAAGCACCCUCAGCUUCAUUAUGAAUCAAAGCUUUAUAUGCUUCUACAAGGAGGAACGGGAAUUCCCAACCUCAAGUGGUUUGGAGUUGAAGGUGAACACAAUGCCAUGGUUAUUGAUCUUCUUGGGCCAAGUUUGGAAGACUUGUUUAACUAUUGCAAUAGGAAGUUCACAUUGAAAACAGUCCUAAUGCUGGCGGAUCAGUUGAUUAAUAGGGUUGAAUAUAUGCAUUCAAGAGGAUUUCUUCACCGUGAUAUUAAGCCUGAUAACUUCUUAAUGGGUUUAGGGCGUAAAGCUAAUCAGGUAUAUGUCAUUGACUAUGGUCUUGCCAAGAAGUAUAAAGAUCUUCAUACACAUAAGCACAUACCAUACAGGGAAAACAAAAACCUCACAGGCACAGCUCGUUAUGCAAGCGUUAACACCCAUCUUGGAGUUGAGCAAAGCAGAAGAGAUGAUCUAGAGUCUCUUGGCUAUGUGCUUAUGUAUUUUCUGAGGGGCAGUCUUCCAUGGCAAGGUCUGAGAGCUGGCACCAAAAAGCAGAAAUAUGACAAGAUCAGUGAAAAGAAGAGGCUUACACCUAUAGAGGUACUUUGCAAAUCCUAUCAAUCAGAAUUCACAUCAUAUUUUCAUUACUGUCGAUCUUUGCGGUUUGAUGACAAGCCAGAUUACUCAUAUCUGAAGAGGCUUUUCCGUGACCUUUUCAUAAGAGAAGGUUAUCAGUUUGACUACGUGUUUGACUGGACGACAUUGAAGUAUCCACAAAUAAGCUCUACUUCAAGAGGACGGCAACCAAUUGGGAGAUUACCUUUGAACCCUGGACCAUCUGUUGAAAGAGCAGAAAAGGCCCCAGUGGGGCAGGAAAUUAAAGAUAAGUUUUCUGGUGCUGCGGAGGCAUUUGCUAGAAAGAAUGGGACUGGAACUGGUUUACCGGGGGACCGUUUGAGACAUAGAUCUUCAGAGCAUCUACCAUCCUCCAGAGAUGUGCAAGCUGAUUCUGAAAGAGGGCCCGUGUCUCGUACCGAUAGCACAUCGAGGAGGGCUGUGAUGUCAAGCAGCCGACCAAGCUCCUCUAGUGAGCGUGUUGAGAAUCGUGCUGGUCGGUUGGGUUCAAGUAGCGGCCGAAUGUCCACUUUGCAAAAAACACAACCUGGAUUUGAAGCCAAAUCAUCAUCCGUUACUCGUGCUAGCGUUGCAAAACGGGACAGGGAUCAUGCCCUGAGGAGCUUUGAGCUGCUAACUAUUGGCACAGGGAGAAGGAAAUAAGACUGAUGUUUUAAAUAUCUGCCCCAUCAAGGUAGCAAACUUCCAAAAAUGGCAUUUAUGCAUUCUUAUUAUCGGCAUUUGUCCCCAGCUAGUGUGAAAUUCUCAUAACCGGUUUCACCUAUUGUUAGGAGUGUCAGCUUGGCACUCUUCAUUAAGUUCUUCCCAGCGAUUUUUGGCUGAUUCUUGAGACAAAACUGCUUAGCCAAAUGGCCAGAGAAGGGGUUUUGCUUGUAUAUUUGAAACCUGUCUUAAUCACUGUUGAAGCCCAUGAUUGCUCCAUGCAGCUAGUUCGUGGUUGUGCAGAUAGUUCCAUUAUUUUGAGGGGCUGUGAGUUCAAGUACUUACCAUCCUCAGUAGUGUGGCUUAAAAAUGUGACCUGAAAACUUGUUCCUAUACCUUUGUAAUGGCAGACUUAUUGUUUCUAUUUCUCCCUUUCAGAGUGUGAAACAACUCUGAUCCACUGAUGGUCUCCGUUUUUAAGUUGAAUUAAUGCUACACAAAAUGGCAGUUCACUAAAA